AUGCUUCCGGAUCAGGAGGAAACACUUUCUCAGUUCCAGUCAAUAUUGAGCUCCACUCUUUCACGUGACGAGCAAAUCGGACUUCUUGAAUCACACGAUUGGAACAUUGAGCUUGCAUUACUUGCCUACAACGAGCAGCACCCCCUGGAGGCCAGAUCUGUCCAAUUACAGAGUCAAACGUCAUCGAAUCGCUCGCAAAUGUCCGAUUAUUUAUUAAGAGAUGGAUCCACAGCGGUCCAACCGUCAAAGAUCCAUCGAAUCUUCAACAGAUUACUCAAAGUUACAGGAGAUGCUCUAGUGUACCUUAUUAUUGUCCCGUUUUACCUCUUGUAUAAGUUGAUAGGACUUAUAUUACUUAUCUUUGUUGGAUAUUUGACCCCAGUGGUAAGAAAAAUUCAACAGAACAGACACUACAAACUUGUGAAGAAGCUAAAUGAUCCUACAGACGUGGCACGUCGAUUUAUUAUGGAGUUUGAUGAGAUGAUCGGCAAUAGAGUAAAGCCAGAGAAUGAUGAUGAUGCGGCAGACACUCCCUUAGAGAUUGAUCGUCCCGACUUUUUGGAAUGUGCAUACUCACAGGCAUUAUACACUGUGAAGAAGGAGGCGCGGUGGUUGAUGAUAUAUGUUCAUAGUGAGGAACAUGAAUUUACUCAGCAUUUUGUGAAUGGUGUUUUGCUCAAUGCUGAGUUCCUACAGUUAAUUAGGGACCGUGGUUUCCUUUGCUGGGGAGGAAGUAUCAAAGAAAGUGAAUCUUUCUUGGUGACGAAUCAGUUUAAGGUGAGCCAGCUUCCAUUCUUGGGAUUACUGUGUCUCACUGUAAAUCAGACACCUACCGCUUCUGGCAUGCAGCAAUCUGCACCUAUACUAUCACUUGUGUGUAAGAUUCAGGGUGAUUUGAAUGUGGAUGAAGUGAUUGCUCGUAUGAGGCGAGCAUACGACAAGUUCAAUCCUACGGUUGCCAAUUUGAGAGCAGAGUAUGAGAGACAUAGCCAAGCCCGAUUGAUGCGCAAAUUACAGGACCAGGCGUAUGAAAAGUCGCUACAGAGGGACAAGGAGCGUAGACUGGAGAAGGAGAGACAGGAUAAGCAGGAGCAGCUGGAGAAACAAUGGAGAAGGUGGAGAAAAUCGAUGCUUCGGCCGGAAAUGGAUCUGUUGGGAGAGUACGCUCGUGUGGCUAUUCGACUUCCUGAUGGAGGUAGAAAGCAAUUUAAGUUUGACAAGCAUUGCAAACUAGAAGAAUUGUAUGCAUAUGUGGAAUGUAUGCAUGAACAGUUAACAGAUGGAGAGGUGGUAGCUAAGCCAGAAGGAUUCCAGUACAAAUAUACGUUCAAAAUUGUCUCUGUUAUGCCGAGAAAGGAAGUCGAACCGGACGAAACUACGGAGCUUAAAGAUUGUACAGCGGUUUAUCCAAGUGGUAACCUCAUUGUGGAAAUGUGA